AUGUCUGUACAUAUGUACCCAUGUCCAGAGUUUUAUCAUGAUAUCCCCGACUGUCUGCGACCUACUCCGCAACAGGAAAAUGUACCGCAUCCUAUUGAAAUUGACUUUCUGGCAUUCCCCAAGUUGCGAGACGCGCUGAUUGAUCGUCCCGAGAUCUACCAGACCCAAAAACGCGCAUUCGAGCGGAAUUUCGCCAGUUGUUUAAGGCUACAGUGGCCGGGAGCCAAAUCACUCUUGAUCAUGAACGAUGAGGGUGAGAUCGGGCUCGACCCUGCCUUUGAGGCAUUUGCCGAAAAUAUUGACCACUGGGUCCUCAUUGAUCAAUGGCACGACGCAUAUCCAACACUUAACGAGUUUGUCAGUCGUGUGGAGAUUUGGGCGGUCUCUUGA